CAGAAUAUCCGUCCACAUCAUUUACAUAUGUCGGGAGGCGUUGAUAAAUGAGGUAUAACACAAUAGACGCUAUUCGUAUUCAAUGACUUGUAAUUGAUAUGGCCUUUGACAAUACGAAAAAACAUCUUUCUCUAUUUCUUUACCAAACUCAAAAUUCUUAGCUGACUACGUGACCUUUUAAGAUCCACAGAUCUUAUGUUUUUUCGUCUCCAACGUUACCUGACCCUUCACUGACCUCCAAACAAAGGACCUGCCUUAAGCUACAGAAAUAUGUUUACUCAAAGCAGCCAAUGAUUUUGCUCCAAGAAUGUUUGCACCCACACCCUCACCUGACCGAUUGUGCUUUGCUGUUGUGUCGCUGUCGCUAAUCGCUUAGGUUUUGUACGACAGAAGCACAGCAAUUUUCCACGUUACAUGCGAGGAAAUUUGAGUUUAAAACAUUAUGAAGGGUAUUAUUUCUUUCGUGUCCUUGAUGCUAUCCCUGGGGACUUCUCAAGCCUCUGACAACGAAUUCAAAUACGGAAAAUUUCCUGAUGGUUUUUUAUGGGGCGCUGCCACUGCUGCAUAUCAAAUAGAAGGCGCCUGGAACAAGGAUGGAAAAGGACCGAGCAUAUAUGAUAUCAUCACCCACACCGUGCCUACUUUGUUCCAUAACAAGACCGGAGAUGUGGCGUGCGACAGCUAUAACAAGUACAGGGAAGAUGUCAAAAUACUGAAGGAAUACGGAGCCAAAGCGUAUCGCUUUUCUAUUGCUUGGAGUCGUGUGCUUCCCAAUGGGACAACUGAUCAUGUCAACAAAGCCGGUGUCGAGUAUUACAAAACACUCAUCGAUGAACUAAGACGAAACAAUAUCGAACCGCUUGUGACGUUGUAUCACUGGGAUCUGCCCGAAGUCUUUCGACCGAUCGGCGGUUGGACCAAUCAAAGCAUGAUAGACUAUUUUCACGACUACGCUCGAUUCUGUUUCGAAACAUUCGGCGACCAAGUUAAGUACUGGAUCACGCUAAACGAACCCGCGAUCGUCAUGUUACGUCAUCCUCUGUACAUGUAUGGGGAAAUUAGGAAUAAAACUAAGUUAUCGAUUCUUCGGUAUCGCACGGCUCACAAUCAAAUUCUUGGUCACGCUAAGGUUUAUCGGACGUAUGAGAAGAAUUAUCAAGCAAAGCAGGGUGGAAAAGUGACGCUGUCCUUGAGUUCUGGUUGGGCAGUUCCCAAAACUGACUCUGUCCGAGACAAGGACGCCGCUGACCGCUAUAUGCAAUUUCAUCUCGGCAUCUUCGCACAUCCCAUAUUUGUGAAUGGAGAUUACCCGGAUGUCGUUAAAGACGUUGUGAGAAAUCGCAGCGCGGCUGCUGGGAUUCCUAGCCGUCUGCCCAGCUUCACAGAGGAGGAGAAAAACACAGUAAAAGGAAGUUACGAUUUGUUUGGAAUAAACCACUACUCCACUGAUAAAGUGGAAGACAAACCCUCAGGCGAUGAGCCGUCAACUAGCGGUGAUGAGUCGCUCUCGAAGAGCGGCGAUCCUGCGUGGCCUGAUUGGUACAAUGGUCAUGUAGCUCCCUUUGGAUUCCGCAAGCUGCUUAAGUACAUCAAAGAUAAUUACAAUAAUCCAACCAUUAUCGUCACUGAAAACGGAGUAGCACCGCCUGGUGAAGCCAGCAAAACCGGUCAAAACCGAUUGAACGACACUUUCAGAGUGGAUUAUCAUAGAAGAUACAUCAACGAGAUGUUGAAAGCGAUCCUUGAUGAUGGAGUAAAAAUGAAGGGAUACAUGGCAUGGACCUUGAUGGAUAACUUUGAAUGGCAAAAUGCUUACACUACCCCUUACGGGCUCCAUUUCAUCGAUUUUGAAAACGACCUUAACUUGACCCGAGUCCCUAAGAAGUCGGUUGGUUUCUUCAAAAAACUGAUAGCGGAUAAUGGUUUUCCUGAUCCAAAUCCAGAAUCUGCCGGAUCAAUUGUGCUAGCAAACAUUUCUAUAAUUUUUGUAUUGAUCGUUUUGUUAUACUGAUUCAGUCUACCUCCUUGAAGAGCAUUCAUGGAUCAAGUGAUCACUCUCGUUUCUCUUAUUAAACUGUAUUUUAUCCAAUAAUAACAAUAG